CGUCAUUAUAUUACUCAAGUGAAUACAAUCGAGGAUAACUCAGUUUUGGGCAACGAUGGACGUGGUCAGGGCAGUCGAGGCGUACAUCGCAAAGUUAGUGGCAGUACCCUCUGCGAUGAAAGUCUUGCUGUUGGAUACUCAUACGACGCCUAUAGUGUCAUUAGCCUCGACCCAGUCUACCUUGCUGUCCCAUCAAGUUUACUUAACAGACCGGAUAGACAACAAAAAGAGAGAUCGCAUGCCUCACAUGAAAUGUGUUUGUUUCCUUCAACCCAGUGCGGAUAGUAUCGAAGCAUUGUCAACGGAACUUAAGGAGCCAAAGUACGGGGAGUACUAUCUGUAUUUCAGCAACGUGUUGAGUAAAGCCACCAUCGAACGGCUAGCUGAAGUAGAUGAAUAUGAAGUAGUAAAGGAAGUCCAGGAAUACUUCGCGGACUAUGCACCUCUAUUGCCGUCUUUGUUUUCUCUGAACCAUACUCCAACUGCUGAUAAGCCUUUAUAUGGCUCAUCUCCUAACUUAUGGGACGCCAGUGCACUGGAUCGUUCAGUGCAAGGCAUUAUAGCUGUGCUUCUAAGUUUAAAAAAGAAGCCCGUUAUCCGAUAUGAAAGGAUGAGCUCCAUGGCCAAGAAGUUAGCAAUCGAAGUCCAGAAUCGCAUACAAACAGAAUCUAGCCUCUUCGACUUCCGUUUAACUCAGGUUGCCCCUGUACUAUUAAUUCUUGACAGAAGGAACGAUCCAGUUACUCCUCUCCUCUCGCAAUGGACAUAUCAAGCUAUGGUACAUGAGCUAUUGGGUAUCCAAAAUGGUCGCGUCAACUUGAGCAUGGUACCUGAUAUCCAACAGGACCUUACAGAAAUCACCCUUACUACUUCCACCGACCCAUUCUUUCAAGGCCAUCAUCUCGCGACGUUCGGGGACCUCGGCACGUCGCUGAGAAACUAUGUUCAAUCUUAUCAAACUCGUUCCCUUGCACAAUCACCGUCUUCUAUCAAUUCAAUAUCCGAUAUGAAGCGUUUUGUCGAAGAAUAUCCAGAGUUCAGGAAGCUCGGAGGGAACGUAAGCAAGCACGUUACGCUGGUGGGCGAGCUGAGUCGUCUAGUUGAAAGAGAUAAACUCUUGGAGGUGGGAGAGAUAGAACAGGGUUUAGCAACAAGCUCGGGAUCAGACUACAGAGACGUGCAGGCUAUCAUCACGAAUCCUAGUAUCAAUCCAUGGAACAAGUUGCGCAUCGUUGCUCUGUAUGCUCUUCGUUAUCAAAAGACUCAGACCAGCAACAUUGCCUCUCUCAUAAAUCUACUUCUCUCUAAUGGUGUUCCACAGGAGGAUGCUCGACUUGUCUACGUAUUGCUAAAUAUUUCUGGCUCUGACCAGCGUCAGGAUGACUUGUUCUCGACCGAGUCAUUGCUUGCUAAAGGCCGAUCUGCUCUAAAGGGACUAAAGGGCGUCGAAAAUGUGUAUACGCAGCACACACCCCAUUUGUCCCAAACUCUGGAAAACCUAUUCAGAGAUCGACUGAAGGACACCAGUUAUCCCUUUUUGGAUGGAGCAGGGCCGAAUGCUAGUCUUCAGCGGCCCCAGGACGUUAUAAUCUUCAUGAUCGGUGGUACCACUUAUGAGGAAGCAAGAACUGUUUCAUUGCUAAAUCAAGAAUCUAAUGGAACAAGGCUCCUACUCGGCGGAACAUGCGUGCAUAAUUCUUCGAGUUACUUGGAGAUGUUCCGUGCCGCAGCCGCUUCUUUUCCUGCAUCAGUGUACGAACCUCCACCGGAAUCAGCGAGUACAGCUCCAGCAAUGAAUCUCAACCUUGGCGGAGUAAAUACAACAGAAGAUGUGAAAGUCAAGACACGCACGGGCGCUUUCUUGACGAUUCUGUCUGCUGCCAUCAUUUUAGCGUUCACGGCCAUGGAAUUUUUCGAUUAUCGGACAGUCAAUGUCGAUACGUCAAUUAUCGUGGAUAGGAGUAGAGGGGAAAAACUGAGUGUAAGGAUGAAUAUGACAUUCCCGCGCGUUCCAUGUUACUUGUUAAGUCUUGAUAUUAUGGAUAUUUCUGGCGAGCAACAACGAGACGUCUCGCACAACAUCCACAAGACACGUAUUACACCUGAAGGCGGGCCUGUACCAGGCGCUCGCAAUGGCGAAUUACGCAAUGAAAUAGACAAGCUCAAUGAUCAACGAUCUAACGGGUACUGUGGAUCUUGCUACGGCGGUGUGGAGCCCGAAGGCGGGUGCUGCAACAGCUGCGAGGAUGUUCGACAGGCCUAUGUCAACCGUGGGUGGAGCUUUAACAAUCCAGAUAAUAUUGAGCAGUGUGUGGCUGAAGGUUGGUCGGAAAAGCUGAAGGACCAAGCGGAGGAAGGAUGCAAUAUCUCUGGUCGUCUUCGGGUGAACAAGGUUAUCGGGAAUAUUAAUGUCUCGCCAGGAAGGUCAUUCCAAAGCAGCUCUAGGAACUUCUAUGAAUUGGUACCUUACCUUCGCGAGGACAACAACCGACAUGACUUUAGUCAUGUCAUCCAUGAGUUCUCGUUCAUGACCGACGAUGAGUAUAAUCUCCACAAGGCGAAGCUUGGGAAGGACAUGAAGCAGCGGAUGGGCAUAGCCGAAAAUCCGCUGGACGGACUAAAUGCAAAGACGAAUAAGGCGCAAUAUAUGUUCCAGUAUUUCCUCAAAGUCGUAUCAACGCAAUUCCGUACUAUUGAUGGGAAAACCAUCAAUACCCACCAAUAUAGCGCCACACACUUUGAGCGAGAUCUAUCCAAAGGCUCACAGGGAGGUGAUAAUGGUGAGGGUGUUGUUACUCAACACGGGGUUUCUGGCGUGCCAGGGGCUUUCUUCAACUUUGAAAUAUCACCCAUUCUUGUAGUCCACUCGGAGGGUAGGCAAUCAUUUGCGCAUUUCCUUACUUCAACAUGUGCCAUUGUGGGAGGAGUAUUGACUGUCGCAGCAUUGCUGGAUAGCUUCCUGUUCGCCACUGGACGUAGACUGAAAAAGGGUAGUUCGAAUGGUAGCGCUAAGCUCAUGUAAAAAUUGUAUUAUCUGAGCAUUGCAUAACUUAUUGCGUGAAAAAAUAAAAUAAAAAACUCGACGCAGCUCUGUAUCUCAUUUAA